AUGUCUUUAACCUUCGGCGACUCUCUGUCCUUCCAAUGUUCCUUCCGCACCAAUAGCACCGGCACCCUGGCUUCCCACGAGCAACCCAUGCAGUUCGUGGAACUCCGACUCGGACAUUCAAGCCAUCUCAUCUCUCGAUCUUCUCGCCAAAUUCUCCAACAAACUCCCUCAACUCCAAUGGGCGAUGCUCUGUUUCCUUUUAUUCUGCGGGACCUGCUCCACCCACCCUUCCUCUCCAAAUCCCACGUUCUUCGGUUUCUGUCUUCCUUCAGCAUCCCCAUCGCCGUCUGCAAUAUCAUCUUUGUGGAGAUCUCCUCCUUUGCGCUCCACUUGGCCGCCGGCAACGUGGAUCUCAACUUCCACAUCGUCGUGGAUGUGGAUGCCAUCGAAAUGAUAUGGGUGGACCUGGACCCAUUCCUUAUUGAAGAAUACUCUCCGCCUGCGAUGAACGGGGCGCCGGCGUCGGCGAUUGAGAGGUUGCAGAGGCAGGAAUUUGAUGGGUUAAGGGAGGAAGAGGAGGGGGAAUGCAGUGUUUGCUGCGAAGCGCUGAAGGGAGAAGAGGAGGUGAGCAGAAUCCCAUGUGGUCAUGUGUAUCACAAAUGCUGUAUUCUCAGGUGGCUUCAGAUGAGCAAUUCGUGUCCUCUCUGCAGAACCAAAUUAGAACAAUAG